AUGGUCUGGAAUCAUCUGCAUUUUCUUUCGAGAUAUAAACACUAUCUAUCUAUCUAUCUAUCUAUCUAUCUAUCUAUCUAUCUAUCUAUCUAUCUAUCUAUCCCGUUAUUUUCAUUACUAUCUAUCUAUCUAUCUAUCUAUCUAUCUAUCUAUCUAUCUAUCUAUCUAUCUAUCUAUCCCGUUAUUUUCAUUACUAUCAAUCUAUCUAUCUAUCUAUCCCGUUAUUUUCAUUACUAUCUAUCUAUCUAUCUAUCUAUCUAUCUAUAUCUAUCUAUCCCGUUAUUUUCAUUACUAUCUAUCUAUCUAUCUAUCUAUCUAUCUAUCUAUCUAUCUAUGUAUCCCGUUAUUUUCAUUACUAUCUAUCUAUCUAUCUAUCUAUGUAUCCCGUUAUUUUCAUUACUAUCUAUCUAUCUAUCUAUCUAUCUAUCUAUCUAUCUAUCUAUCUGUCCCGUUAUUUCCAUUACUAUCUAUCUAUCUAUGAAAGAUCAUUUCUUUUCUAUCUAUCUAUCUAUCUAUUUAUCUAUCUAUCUAUCUAUCUAUCUAUCUAUCUAUCUAUCUAUCUAUCUAUCUAUCUAUCUAUUCUGUUCCCUUCAUUACUAUGUCUCUGUCUAUGUCAGUCUGCUCAUAACCUUUCUUCUAUAUACCUCGUGGCAUACAAUCUAUCUAUCUAUCUAUCUAUCUAUCUAUCUAUCUAUCUAUUUACAUACAUACAUAUAUGUAUGUAUUAAAAAGAAUCAGUUUAAAAAUCUAUCUAUCUAUCUAUCUAUCUAUUCAUUCAGUAUCUAUCUAUCUAUCCAUUCAUUCAGUAUCUAUCUAUCCAUUCAUUCAUUCAGUAUCUAUCUAUCUAUCUAUCUAUCUAUCUAUCUAUCUAUCUAUCUAUCUAUAUGCACCCGCGAAUCCCUCCUUCCUUCCUUUUUAUUAGUUCCCCCCUCUCUCUUCCUUCCUUCCUUCCUUCCUUCCUUCCUUCCUUCCUUCCUUCCUCUCUCUCCGUCCGUCCGUCCCUUUCUUCCUUCUUUCCUUCCUCCUUUCUUCGUUCCUCAUUCCUUCCUAACUUCCUUUAUUAGUUCCCCUCCCUCCCUCUUCGUCCGUCCGUCCCUUCCUUUUUUCUUUCUUUCCUUCCCCCUUUCUUCUUCCCCUCCUCCCUCCUCUCUCUCUUCCUUCCUUCCUUCCUUCCUUCCUCUCUCUCCGUCCGUCCGUCCUUCCCUUCCCUUCCUUUCUUCCUUCUUUCCUUCCUCCUUUCUUCUUCCCCUCCCUCCCUCUCUUUCUUCCUUCCUCUCUCUCCUCCGUCCCUUCCUCCUUUCUUCGUUCCUCAUUCCUUCCUUCCUAACUUCCUUUAUUAGUCCCCCUUCCUUCCUCUCCGUCCGUCCCUUCCUUUUUUCUUUCUUUCCUUUCUUCGUUCCUCCCUCCCUCUCGUCCUCCCUGCUUCCUAACUUUGUUCUCUUCUUUCCCGUUUUUUUUCUAUCUAGCCAUCGAUCUCGCGAGUAG